UCCGAUCCAAGUACCGUACCACCAUGCACAGCCAGGACGAUGUUUGAUUCAGGGGACAUGCACAGUGAUAAUCAUCAUACAUUAAUCUCUCGCUAGAAGUCACUGCCGCAGAUACACCGGUAUCUCAACUCGUCGGCGCCUCUGAUGUAUGCAUCGAGAAAAUGUGAUUGUUUCAACCGGCCUCUUACUUGAAUGUGUGCCUACUCCACAAAGCUAUAUCGGGGAAGUGCAUCACUCCCAAUCUCGACCGGAUGAUGGACAGGAAUUACCCGACUCCAAGCUUCGCAGACUCGCUUGCCCCUCCACCACAGACCGCAGCUUGGGCCUACGAGCGUAGCACCGCAUGCAUUAAACCAAGUUCCAGUUAUGCUGCCACACACUUGGAGUCGGAACUUCUCCAGCGGCAAACGUAUGCUUCCAGCCAAAUCCCAUCCUACACCACCACACACCAUCCAGCAGGUCUGUCUGGGGUUUUUGAAACGAGUUUGCAUACUUCUGGUGGGAACACUACUGAAUCCUCGGUCAUGAACUUUCUUCCUGCCAUCGAGUCCCGAAGCCUUCAGGCUGGACCUGUUACUGCUUCUCUCCUUCCCCAGUUUAGGACUCCCUCAUGGCAGACAGCUGCAAACUCCUCAACUACAGAACUGUUUCUCACUGGAGCCUUGUCUUCAUCUGGAACGUUCCCCACUGCAGCCCUCUCCUCCUACCAGCAUCCCACUGCCUUCCCCUCCCGCAGCUACACCACCACGCCCUCACUGACCGUGCAGGAUGUCACUUAUAGCUCUUCCAACGGCCUGCUGCCCUCCACUGACCCCCUCAUCCAAAUCAAAUCUUCCCAAGGUACUGUGCCUACCGUUCUGGCCUUCGAUCGCCUCGGUGGCUCCUCGUUAGGGGGAGCUGGCCUCCCUCCCCAGUCCUCCACAUAUCGCUCGGCCCAGGAGUCUGCCCCACACCUCCUGCAACCUCAGUUCAGCCUGCUGCAUUCGGCCCUUGGGAACCCCCAGCAGGCCCCCCAGCCUUACGGCGCCCCGGUUUUCUCGGGCUCCAUUGAGAGAGCACUUCAGCGUGAAUGUAGUGUGAUCAAGCACCACCAGCGGCCUUCCAGCGCCCAGUCAGAUCAGGAGCAGCUGCCUGGCGGCGGGCAGCAUUCUUUACAGGGCUAUCUGGCUGGCGAGAGCGAUGUGUCCUUCCAGCAAGAGCCUUCACGCCAAACCCCCGUGCCCUGCAACCCUGCUGGAGACUCACUCAACGGUGGAGCACAGCAAAAAAUAGCAUCUCAACCCGCAUUGUCGCAAUCUCAGGCCUACCCUUCAUCCCCUGGGUUUUCGCCCGCCUCCGGAGUGAAAGCUAAAGACUGCGCUUCCAAAAUCACCCCACACCCUGCCGAUGGUCCGGUGGCUGAACCCCAGCCACAGACGGACUCGCCCGACAUUCAACAGCAGAGCUACUCAUCUCCUUUGUCGAAGCAGAGCUCUGUGAUCGCCACCCACUCUCAGCCGUUCACAUCCACCCAGCUGCCCAGCCUGAUGUCCAUCAGCCCCUCACAGACCUACAUCACAUCCCAAGCCCUCUCCAGCACCAUCAGCCAUUCACAGGCCUUCUCUUCCAGUCAGACGGAGAAACUGCCUUCCAUUUACAAAACGCUGUCUUCGUUUGCUAGCCAGACGAAUGACGUGACGUCUGUCAGCCAGUCAUUAGUUUGCUCUCCCAGUCCACAACAGCAGGCACUGCCCUCAGUGGCGCACAGUGAAGGGUUUGAUGCCCAGGUGCAGGGACUCUGCAUAGGUAACCCCUCUCAGAACUACUCCUCCAGCCUCUCUCAGGGUCUGCCAAGUGUUAGCUACUAUGCCCAAGGGCCAGCUACUGCCAGUUCCUCACAGAGCUACGCGACAGGACAAUCUGUGACUCAAAGCUCUUCGUUCUCCUCCAACCACACUUCAAGUUUACCAAACUCAAACUCCUCCCAGGACUGCGGCCUCAUACAGCCUGCCCCCAGUGGUAAAGCAGAGAAUGCACUGUUACAGCAGCCUCAGAAAUACAUGCUGCCGGUUCAGUCGCCGCCCUCUUCCACGGCCUCUCAUGCCCAAGCCUUACAGAACAACAGACCUUCAGUGGAAUUAAAGCCAGCAUAUGGCAAAGGCAAACCAGACGAGAGCUCCUUUCUCACUUCCAAAGAGGAUUGUGGAGAGCUUCCGAUUCAGGAUGUGCAAGCAUUGCAGCAGGCCUCUCUGGAGACAUCCUCACACAUGGCAAGUGGCGAGGUUGGAGCGCAGAACAACGUGGUGUAUGUGGUCUCCAAGAUGGACGACAGACACAACACCCAGAGUGUCAUUCGGAGCAAUUCCCGAACUGAGGAUCAGGUGAUGGGGAUCUCCAACAUGGAACCCAUGAAAAAUGGGAGAAUGGGGUCCCUGAACCAACAUGGGCAACUUAUAAACAGUGCCAAUGUGAGGACCCAAACGCCUGACCCAAAGAGCAGUUCAACAUUAAUGCAGUCUUCCCACGCCCCCAUGAACGCAGAGGAACUCAAACAGCACACUCUCCUGCUGAAGGUGCCGUCGUCACAGCAACAGAACCAUCAGACCCAGACCAUUAGAAUACAGCAAGAUCAUUGUCAGUCCCCACAAGGUCAAGCGCAGUUUGUCCGCGUUCCUGGGGCACAAAUCCUUCUAGAACCCUCCCAGAUGAUCUUCCUCCAGCAAGCGCCAUCUCAGACAGGACAGAAUUCGGCCAAAGUGGCAAACCAAAUGCAGCCAGUCCAGUAUCUCCAUAUGAAUAAUGGGAUUAAUCUUGGUGUGGACAGCCAAAAUCAGCAGCAGGUUGUACUGCACCAAGGAUCUGACACGGGAGAGGCCUCCAAGCAGCACCUGUCACCAAAAGAUAGUUUCAGCCAAUCAAACCAGCAGGAUGCAAAGCAACAUUUUACCCUCAGCUCCAUCUGCUUCCCCGAGUCUAUGCUGCUGGCAGACGAGAGGAACAUCCUGUCCAAUGUGGAUGACAUUUUGGCCGCGACGGUGGCUGCCUGUGGAGUGACCCCACAAGACUUUGUGAAAGCCACUUCCUCGGAAGGGGACAUGCCUUCAAUAGCCAACCCCACAGACUCCAAGUGCCACUACCAGUCAAAUGAGAGCAGGCAUGAAUCUUCAAAUUAUUCAUCGCAACAUACAGUUGUGGCCAACGCUCAGUCUAUGACACUGGCGGUAAAUGGUAGUCAACUGACAACAGACAUUCAUAGAUACCCCAAAGAUGCAAUCGGGGGGCAUCAAGCAUUUACAUUAGCAAACUCACACAUGCAACACAACACUGGUAUGAUUAACCCCCAACAGGAAAUUGGUGAAGAAGCGAAUGUCCUCAGAAAUGCAGGAGGUGUCGUCCGUGAGGCACUUGACAGAAGCAUGUUACCCAAAGGGCACGCUGGGAAUCCCAUGAACGGUGCAUCUCUGAACUCCAGUGGAAAUAGCAAUAUGGACAGUAGAGGUCCUUCCAACUUUCACCUGGCUGGCCAGGAAUGUUCUCAAUCAGGGCUCUUACACAAGGGUAGAGAUAUGGCCUGUUCUGAGGGAGGGAUGGGCAUCAAAAUGGAAAAUGGUCUUGUGGAAUGUAUUGCUGAUGGUCUCCCAAAGAAAAAAUAUAGGUCAAAAGGUUCCUCCAAGCUGGUCGUUGACGAUGAAAACGGUCAGCCCAGGUCUCAGAGACGAAGCAGCCAGGCCAAGCGUCAAAACUCUAAAGGCAGUGAUACGAGUUCGCCCUCGGCCUCUGAGGGUUGUCUUGACAGCUACCAACAGCAGGAGAGGAUGCGUCAAAAGAUAAGGGAAGUUGAGGAAAAACAACCAGAGGUCAAAACUGGAUUCAUCGGGUCCUUCCUAGAUUUUCUCAAGUCUGGUCCAAAGCAGAAUUAUUCUUCUCCUCCAGUCAGAACCCCUAAUCGCACAAGGAAGCUCCCCACAUCCUCCAGGAGACCCCCUGUCCACUGGCUAUGCCAAAACUCCCACACCCCUGCUCCAAUGAUAUCGCAGGGUGCACACCCUGGGAGCUCAGCAAAGCGGCUGGAUGAAGAGCUACACAAAAACCUGGAAACCCUUCCGUCGUUCUCGUCCGACGAGGAUGAAGCAGCUGGAAGGAACCAAGACCUUCAGAAGAGCAUCAGCUCUGCACUCUCAUGUCUCGAUGAGCAAUCAGACAAGAAACAGAAAUUAGACAAUAGAUCUACAAGUGCAGUGGGAAAACAGGAGCACUCUACGAGCACGAGCGCCCAGUCAUCAGCUGUAAAGCCACAGGAACAGCAGUCAGCGGCGCCGCAGGAACUUAAUACAGAGGAACUUCUUAAGGGCGUCCCCCCUGACCAGUUGGCUGUGCAGCUGGUCACCGUUGCCAUCGAGGGCCUGACCGACGAGGAGCUGUCAGACAGUGGCGGCGAGGGGAUGUAUCGUGAGCGGGACGAGUUUGUGGUGAAAAAUGAGGACAUUGAGAGCCUGAAGGUGACGUUGAAAACGGGCCUGGAACCUCCAGCCAUCUGGAAAGUACAAAAGGCCCUGCUGCAGAAGUUUAUCCCCGAGCUGAGAGAUGGAAGACGAGUGUUUUCAGCCACAAACAGUUACUUGGGGUACUUUGGAGAUGCUAAGACAAUGUAUCGGAGAGUGUAUGUCAAGUUCCUUGACACGGUCAACAAGAGAGAGUACGUGCGGGUCUGCAGUAGGAAGCCAAGGUGCAAGCCGAUGCACUCUAUGAGAGGCUCUCAGGCGAAGGCCCUGCUUGCCCACAGGAUGGGUCCUGCUGCUGUGUCUGACCCCUCCUUACUGAAGGCGUUCUCCAGGCCCAGGCCAAAGCAGCCCAAGGCCAAGGCAGAGCCUCCGCCGAAGAAGAGGAAAAAGUGGAAAGAGGCGUUUGCCACCUCUCCCUCGGCGUCCUCUCCUGAGGCAUUUAGUGAAGAUGAUGAGUUCACCCCUCCGAUGCCGUUCGCCUCUCGGUUCCUCAACACCAGGAUGAUGAAGGAGACGUUCCGGAGCUACGUGGAGCUGCUCAUCAGUGUGGCCCUGGAUGCUGAGCUCAUGAACACUCUGGAGAGUGAAAAUGAUGAGCUUUUGCUGCCUCACAUGAAAAGAGUGGAUGGGAUGAUCACGGACAAUAGAAGAAGAUUACUCCCCAAACUGCGCAUGGGACAGUUGUUCAAGACUGCCCUGGACAGCUUUCCUGAGAUCUCUGUGGUGACGGAGCUGAAAAAAGAUGGAGAGACUCCUUCUUUUAAAGUGCGUCUAGGUGGAAAGGCUUACAACAAGAAAACGAUGAAACCUUCCAAAUCCCCAAGCAAAUUGCCAUUGGAGUACACAGUGGAUCAGCACAAGACACAGUGGUUCUCUCUCUAUCACUCACUUCAGCACUACAAGUACCAUACAUACCUUAUGUGUAAGGAUGAGAUAACUUCUCUGCGCUCUCGAGAGGAGGACCUCGGGCAGGAGGAGACGGUGCAGACCUGCCUCGGCAACAGGGCCUGGGUGGAGGGCCUCUUUGACCGCUUUGGGGAGCUCCUGACACAGGUGCAGCAGGCCUGCCUAUAGCCAAGACAGCAGGGGGUGGAGGGAAAAGCGACCAUGGGCCUCUGGAUGGGAUCUGGGCCAGACGACUGGGAUGGUGGGGUGGGAUGGGGUGGGGGUCUAUUAGCGUCCCUGCUCCCUGCCUUUAAAGCACUAGACACGGAUGGAGAACAGGGUUGAGGUGCAUGAGUGUGACAGAGCUCUUAGCAGUUCAGACCUGGCUUUUUCUUUUUUGGAGAGGCUGUCUUGAAAUGCGGCACAAACAAACAGAACACACAGACUGACUUUCACUUCUUGAACGUAGCUUGUUACGUUAUUUUCUACAUAGCUUGUUACGUUAUUUGAACGUAGCUUGUUACGUUAUUUGUUUUACAGCUAGCUAAGCUGCUUCUAGUUUGACAUUUUGUACACACAAAUGUUUUUUUCUUGUUUUCGUUUUGGCUUAAUUGUGAUGGACCAGGACUGAUAAGCAUGCACUAGAUACAAAGCAAAUUGCAUAGGACUUUUGAACACUUCCAAUCAGAUGUCAGCAACUUUUUUUUUAAAAAGGUUGGGAUGAUUAGUAAAUGAGUAGAUCUAUACAUAAAAUAUAUAUAUGUAAGACAUCCAUUAUUACAAUGGAGUGCCACAUUUAUAAAUAAUACUGUACAUUGUGUAAAGAAAGCUUUUUGUCAGUACAUUCUCUCAAAGAUGAAUUUUACUUAAUAUAGAUUAAAUACCUUUUGUGCUUCAGAAACUCUGUUUUAACAAAGGAUAUACAUCUGAACAUGGAGUUGGUGCAAUUCUAAUACUGCUUUUUAUUAUAUUUUAUUGUAAUAAAUUGUAUUACCAUAACUAUUUUCUCUGAGAUAAAAAAGUGCAUUGCUUUUGUACUCCUGUUUUCUUUACAAACUUACAUUUUAUCUCACUAAUAGGUGUAUUUUUCACAGAAGAAAAUAUUAUGGUAAUUUGUUUCAUGUUCAUCUUUGUAAUAGACUUUUUUGUUUUCAGAGGAGAAUCCCUAUACAUUUAUGUCAGUUGUACACUAUGUAAUCUUAAGAUAAUUUCUGUCUUUAUAAUAUUGCAAGUUUGCCUCGGUUUUAAACUGAAUAUUAUGCCAACAGCAUCAGACUAGAGUUUUGCUUUUAAAAGUGUAGCUGAGUUACACACUGCAAUUAUUUUCUGAUACAUUGAAAUAAAUUUCUUACUAAA